AUGGUGAAAUUGAUUGGGUGGCAUUGGCCAUUGGUUGUGGUGGUGGAUCGGUUCCAGUGUGAAGUGGUUUUCGAGCAUCACAUUGCCCGCGCUACAUUGUUACAGGCGCUAAAAGCGUUGCCUCGGGAGCAAAUUCAGCUCUCAAGUAAAUUUGGGAUUAUUUUGCCGAAUAUAAAUGAGGUUCAAGUCAAGGGAAGCCCGGCGUACUUGCGCCAAUGCAUCGAAGCCAGCCUUAAGAGGCUCGACGUCGACUACAUUGACUUGUACUAUCCCCAUCGCAUUGACCCAUCGAUGCCUAUAGAGGAAACUAUGGGAAAGCUGAAGAAGCUAGUGGAAGAAGGAAAGAUUAGAUACAUCGGGUUGUCUGAAGCUAGCGUUGACACAAUCGAGAGGGCGCAUACGAUAUAUCCUAUUACCGCCGUGCAAAUGGAGUACUCGUUGUGGAGCCGUGAGAUCGAGGAGGAUGUCAUCCCGGUUUGUAGGGAACUUGGAAUUGGGUUAGUAGCAUAUAGCCCUCUUGGCCAUGGAUUCUUCAGUGGGAAAGGAAUGGUAGAGAGGCUUCAUUCAGAAAGCCUUUUGGGCGUGCACCCGAGGUUCACGUGGGAGAAUCUUGAAAAGAACAAAGUUUUGUACGCCAAGUUUGCGAGUUUGGCGGGGAAGCACUCGUGCACCUGGCCUCAACUCGCUCUAGUAUGGCUUCUCCGUCAGGGAGACGACAUUGUUCCAAUACCAGGGACUACGAAAAUUAAGAACCUGGAGGAGAACAUUGGGUCCUUUGCGGUGAAGCUAACGCCAGAGGAGUUGGAUGAGAUCGCCACGACAAUUUCGAGCGAUCAAGUUGCGGGCGAGAGGGAGUUCGGGGCCUUCACCAAGUAUUCCUACAGAUUAGCAAAUACCCUGGAGAUGAAAUGAAUUUAAUGGAGCGGGAGAAUUUAUUGAUACGCCGUAUGCGAAUGUUCAAGAAUAUAAAUUUCCGAUGAAGUUAUUGCAUUUGGAAAUAAUACGUUCUUACAAAAA